AUGAAAAUAAAACAAAACACAAACAGUACUGCUUAUAAAGCAGUAAACGAAGUGUAUUUAAUCCAGAAAAAAACAUUGGUCUUUGCUUCGAAUUUUAGUGUUUUUGCAUUAGCUGUGGACACAUUCUUGGCCAUUUAUCUUCAUCUCAGAUAUCAGGAGCUUGUGACUCACAAACGUGUUGUUGCUGUUGUGAUCUCAGUCUGGGUGUUUAGUGCAUCAAUUUCCAUCCUACGUAAAUUGUGUGAUUGUGAUAUUAUGCGAGCGGUCAUUUUAGUUGUUUGUGUCGUAACUACAGGAUUGCUUUAUUGCAAGAUAUACGCAGCCGUGAGACACCACACAAACCAGAUUCACGCUCUGCAAGUACAACAGGCGACACAGAAUGAAGAUAUGGCAAACGCCACAAGACUGAAAAAAUCUUCACUGGCUACAUUCUACAUUUAUUUCGUGUACUUAGUUUGUUAUUUGCCAAUAUGUUGUGUUGUUUUUGCCAAGACCGCUGGUGAAACUCCCUUGUUAUCUCAUUUAUGGUAUAUCAGAUUGACUCUUGUGUUUCUUAAUUCAUCCCUCAAUCCCUUGAUCUACUGCUGGAAGAUGAGACGCAUUCGACAAACUGUUUUGGAUAUACUUCGAAAUAUUUUUGCGAUUGGUCCACCCUAA